AAAAAAAUAAAGUUAUAUGACAUUUAUAAGUUAUUUAAUGUGAAUUUAUCAUUUGAAAAAUAUAUAAUAUGAAGACAAGAAAAACUUUGGCCAUUCUUGGAGCAGGAUUAAUUCUUGCCUGCUGUUUAAUGACAUAUUUAAUGAUGGAUCUGACAUUUUUUCCUCCAGGACAGGAUACCAAAUUGUCAAUGCACAAUAAUCAAUGGUUACAUUUUGAAAGUAGAUUAGCUAAAUUAGAAAAAGAUUUUAACAAACAUCACGAAGCCAUGAGUGCUCUUCAAGAAGCAGCUAAAGUUAAUCCAAAUUUACUACCGGUAUUAAAAAAAACAAAUAAUCAUGAACAAUCGGGUCCAAUCCAAAAUAACGUAGAGAAAUUAUCCGAAUGCAAUUUUAAUCUCAAUCGUACACCAGAGGUGGAUAUACAAAUGUUAGAUUUAUAUAAAAUAUUGGAUUUUGACAAUCCGGACGGUGGAGUAUGGAAACAAGGAUGGAAUAUAAAAUAUAACAAAGAACAAUGGCAUCCUAAUAGAAAAUUAAAAGUUUUUGUUAUUCCACAUUCGCACAACGAUCCAGGAUGGUUGAAUACUUUUGAAAAGUAUUAUACAUCUCAAACAAGAAAUAUAUUAAAUAAUAUGGUUACCAAAUUGGCGGAGGAUAAACGUCGUAAAUUCAUAUGGGCCGAGGUUUCAUUCUUUAAACUUUGGUGGGACGAACAAUCAAAAGUAACGCAAGAUUUAGUCAGAAAUUUAAUUCACGAUGGACAAUUGGAAAUAGUAGCAGGUGGUUGGGUUAUGCCAGAUGAAUCUGUUUCUCAUUGGAUUGCUCAACUAACUCAAUUAACGGAAGGACAUCAAUGGUUGAAACAUAAUUUGGAUUAUGUACCUAAUUCAGGAUGGGCGAUUGAUCCAUUUGGACUUUCACCAACUAUGCCAUAUUUAUUGAAAGGAGCUGGGUUAAAUAAUUUGCUUAUACAAAGGGUACAUUAUUCGGUUAAAAAGAAAUUAGCGAAGGAAAAGAAAUUGGAAUUUCGAUGGAGACAAUUGUGGGACAACAACGGCUCUACAGAAUUGUUUACUCAUAUGAUGCCAUUUUACAGUUACGAUAUACCUCAUACGUGUGGACCAGAUCCUAAAAUAUGUUGUCAAUUUGAUUUUUAUAGGCUUCCUAAUUUUGGUUUGACCUGUCCAUGGAAAGUUAAUCCACGAGCUAUAACUAAAGCAAAUAUAGCGGAAAGAGCUACGUUGUUAUUGGAUCAAUAUCGUAAAAAGUCGCAACUUUUUAAAACAAAUGUAUUAUUAGUACCAUUGGGUGAUGAUUUUCGAUAUGCCCAUGUUACCGAAUGGGAUGCACAAUUCAACAAUUAUCAACAUCUUUUUGAUUAUUUAAAUUUAAAUCAACAAUUGAACGUUGAGAUACAAUUUGGAACGUUGAGCGAUUAUUUUGAUGCCGUAAGAGACAAAUACAAUUUAGAAGAGUUUCCUACUUUGUCCGGUGACUUUUUUACUUAUUCCGAUAGGGAUGAUCAUUAUUGGAGUGGUUAUUAUACAUCAAGGCCAUUCCAUAAACGAUUAGAUCGUGUAUUAUUAGGUUCCUUAAGGGCCUCUGAAAUUUUGUCAACGAUAGCAUGGGCCAAAGGCAUUUAUCAUUUAGCUGAAGGCAACAUAGCACUUAGAUUAAGCAACGCUAGAAUGUGGCACUCGUUGUUUCAACAUCACGAUGGUGUUAGUGGAACUGCUAGAGAUAACGUAGUUAUAGAUUAUGCUCAGAAAAUGAUAUUAGCAUUAAAUAAUACAGCACACGUGCUACAACAAUCUGUUAUGCAUUUAUUAAAAACUUCUGAAGGAUCAACAAUUGAUCAAGAAGCCCACUACCUUACAUUGGAUGAGACUAGGUCUCAUCAUACGAGUCCUGGAGAAAAACAUAUACUCAUACUUGGAGAUGAAAAUCCUAAGAAAAAAGUUAUAAUAUACAAUCCUUCUCCAAGACAAAGAAAAAACAUACAAACUUUAAUCGUUUCAACACCUUUCGUCAGAGUUACCGAUCAUACAGGACAAUACGUUAAAUCCCAAGUAUCCCCAGUUUGGGUUGGACCUGCUGCACCAUCUGCUGCUAGAUACGAAUUAUCUUUUCUUAUUACUGUACCAGGAUUUGGGAUUAGUACAUACGUGAUACAUGCACUUCGUCAACAAGUAUUUCCUUCAGAUGUUUAUGCAGCUAAUGUCACAGUAUUUAAUACUGAUCUACCACUAACAACGGUGCCAGGUUUUUCUCAUAUGCAAGUACAAGCUCUCGCUCAAGAAUUUUCCAUAUCUCAAAGAAUAGAAUUAUCUGCGUCAUUUGGAAAAUCUGGUUUCUUAAAAGCUUUAAAAGUCGACAAUGUUACCUACCCAGUUCAUUUAGAAUUUGUUAAAUAUGGCACUAGAGGUUCUGGCAAAGAUAAAAGCGGUGCAUAUUUAUUUUUACCUGACAAACCAGAUCCAGAUUUAAUAUUUAUGGAAAAUAAACAUAUUAUUCAUCUUGUAACUGGUCCCAUUUUAUCGAAAGUUUUUGUCGAAUUACCAUACGUACGCCAUACUUGUAUAUUAUAUAAUUCACCUGGUAGCGAUGGUAUUGGAUUAAACAUAUUAAAUGAAGUUGAUAUAACAGAGACACAAAAUUAUGAACUUGCAAUGAGAUUAAACACAGAUAUAAUGUCUGGAGAUCAAUUUUUUACUGAUUUAAAUGGCCUCGGUAUAAUUAGACGCCAAAGAUUUCCAAAAUUACCAACACAAGCCAAUUAUUAUCCAAUGGCUGCAAAUGCAUACAUUGAAGAUAAGCAUAAAAGAUUAACUAUAGUAACUGCACAACCAUUAGGGGUUGCUUCUAUGGCAUCAGGACAAAUAGAGAUUAUGCAAGAUAGAAGAUUACUUCAAGAUGAUAACAGAGGAUUAAGUCAAGGUGUAACGGAUAAUUUAUUGACAAAUCAUUUGUUUACUUUAGUAUUUGAAAGAAGGAGAUUAAAUUGUCCAGCAUCUACAGCUACUGGUCAUCCUUCAGGUUUGUUAUCUGUAGCCGCGCAUUUAGCAUCGGAAGAAUUAUUGUAUCCGAUAAUAGCAAUGCAUCCUCAUAAUUCAUUGCCAUAUAAUUUGCAACCGCAUUUUACUCCGUUGCAUUAUGAUCUUCCGAUCAAUAUAAAUGUUAUUAGUUUAAGAGUAUUAUUCGUUCCUGAAGGAGCUGGCAAAGGUAUUGGUAUGGUUUUAUACAGAACUGCAUUAGAUCUUUGUUGGGGUACAGAGACUUAUUUGCAACAAUUUAAUAUAACAAAUACCGGAAAAAUAAAUUUAUCAUUUUUAAAUCAUUUGAAGGAUAUGACAAUUAGCAAAGCUCCUCUUACAUUUUAUGAUGUUGGCUCGUUUCUUAAAUCAUCUAUCGUCAAUUUGUGUCCCAAUGAAAUUUUGUCUAUUUUAUUUCAUAAAACGCAAUAUUAAAA